AAUAACUGUGUGCAUUUAUCUGUAUCAGAUAUUGCUUUUUUUAAUUUGCAUGGCCAACGCAAUUAAAAAUAUCGCAAUUCGCAGAAGUCGCUUUGCAUUGCACAGAUCUGUGCUGUGAUUAGUUGACGCAUUCGGACGAAACGGUUAAUUCUUGACCCCAAAUUGACCCCCAGACCUGCAAUAUGUCCACCAACUGUGAUCAGGACGACGGCAUGGCCAGCUCGCAGCCCCCGGGCAUCAGCAUCAAGCUGGCGGCGGCAACGACGCCGGAUCAAUCGGUGCCCGCCUCGCCCAGCUAUCAGACGCCAGCGAUGCGUCGGAACGUGAGCGCCGGCAAUCUGAUGCUCGCCGCCGAGGCGAAGGAGGCGCGCGUCCGUGUCAUCUAUACGGGCGGCACCAUUGGCAUGAUGCGCAACGAGCGACACGUGCUGGCGCCCAUACCGAACGCCCUGGUCCGGCUCAUACGCAAGUAUCCCAAUAUACAUGAUGAGGAUUAUGCACAGCGGCAUUUUGGCGCCGGGGCAUCGCUGGCGCCGCUUGUGCUGCCCUUUGUCCAGGGCGAAUCGCGACGCGUCAUCUACCAGGUGACGGAAUAUUCGCCGCUGCUCGACUCCAGCAACAUGACCAUGGACGAUUGGGCGCGCAUAGCCAAGGAUAUCUAUCAAUCGUACGAGUUCUUUGAUGGCUUUGUGGUGCUCCAUGGCACGGAUACGCUGUCGUAUACGGCGUCGGCGCUGUCGUUUAUGCUGGAGAAUCUGGGCAAGACGGUGAUCAUAACGGGCUCACAGCUGCCGAUCUUUGAGACGCGCACCGACGGCAAGGACAACUUCACGUCCGCCCUGAUCAUUGCCGGCAACUAUGUGAUACCGGAGGUGUGCAUCUUCUUUGGCAACAAGCUGCUCCGUGGCAAUCGCACGGUCAAGGUUAGCUCCAAUUCGCUGGACGCCUUCGAUUCACCAAAUGUGCCGCCGCUGGCGCAAAUCGGCAUCAGCGUCAAUGUUGACUAUCGUCUGAUCUUUCGACCGUGCAGCGUGGAGCGUUUCUGUGUGCAUUCGCAGCUGGACGAGAAUGUGGGACUGUUGCGCAUCUUUCCCAGCAUAUCGCUGGCCACGUUUCGCGCCUUUCUAGCGCCGCCGAUGCGCGGCGUGGUGCUGCAAUCUUUCGGCUCCGGCAACAUGCCCUCAAAUCGCAAGGAUCUCAUCGACGAGCUGCGCGCCGCCGCCGAACGCGGCGUCAUCAUCAUCAACUGCACCCAGUGCCCGAACGGCUCCGUUGCCGAGAUCUAUGACACCGGCAAGGUGCUCUUCGAUGUCGGCGUCAUACCCGGCUACGAUAUGACGCCGGAGGCGGCGCUCACCAAGCUGGCCUACGUCAUCGGCAAGUCGGACUGGUCGCUUCAAGUGAAGAAGCAGAUGAUGCAGGCGAAUUUGCGCGGCGAACUGACCUCCGUUGCGGCGCACACGAUGAAGGAUUACGACCUGGUCGAUGCUGUGGCACGCUCGCUGCAUCUGUCCUCGCCGCAGGAGCUGGACCAGCUGGGCGCCACCUUGUUUCCGGCCAUGAUCAAUGCGGCCGUCUUCGAGGGCGAUCUCAAGAAGCUCAAUAACCUAAAGGCAUACGGCGCCGAUCUGUCGGGCACCAAUCAUGACCAGCGCACCGCACUGCAUCUGGCCUGCCAGCUGGGCGACACGGAUAUCGUGCGGCAUCUGCUGCAGAACGGCGUCUCCGUGCACAUACGUGAUCUGUGCGAGCGUACACCGCUCCAGGAGGCGGUUGCCAGCGACAAUCACGAGAUCAUCCAGCUGCUCAUCAGCUGUGGCGCCCAUUUGACCGGCUCCUCGCGUGCCGUUGGCGAGCAGCUGUGCGCCGCUGCUGCACGUGGCGCACUCCGACGGCUGCAAUCGUUUCAGCUGGCCGGCGCCGAUCUGUGCCUGGCCGAUCCCUCGGGCCGCACCGCACUGCAUGUGGCCGCCCUGCAUGGCUUUGUCGAUCUGGUGCACUACCUCCUGCCCUACAGGGAGAAUGGCGAGCUUAAGGAUAUGCUCGGUCUGACGCCGUUGGACUAUGCCCAGCGCGGUGGUCAUCCGGAAAUUGUGCGUCUGCUCGAAACGGCGCUGCCGGAUGCCUAAAGUGCCGGACAGCAGCCUUUCCCUGCGGCCGGUUUACUUAAAUUUACCUCAUCUAGCUAUCUCUUUCUCUCACAUUGUGCGUACCUGGAGCUGUCUAGUCCAGUUUUUGUUGUUCCUACAUGUGCAAUAGCUUUUUUUAUGUGCAUUUUAUAUAUUCAGCGUGUGUAUUAACGGGAAUUCUCAUGUACUCGAAAUAAACGGUUAUUAAUCAAGUGCGAUAUAUAUG